UAUACCAUUACUAACACCGGUAAUUUGAAUCUUAMGUUUCGUWGGUACUCCAAACAGUUUGAAGGUAUUUAAUUUUAGAUACUUAACAAAAUUAUGAGUGCGUUAAAUCUGAAGAAUGUAAAACGAGAUUUUUCUCAACUCAAUUACCGACCAGAUGCCUGCCAUCCAAGUCUAAUCAACGAAUUAAAAAAUAUUUUGGAAGCCACAGGACUUCGACAAGAAUAUGAUACUGCCUUAAUUAAUCUAAAUUCUCAUUUGCUCAUUGACAUCAUUCAACGUGUAUGCAAAAUAUGUUAUUCGAGUACWUGCAACAAGGAAAUGGUUGUCAAUUUCUUAACAUUUCUMUCCAAAGUAUAUACUGAACAUUGUAUUGACGAUGCAGUGAAAAAUACUGUUACAAAAUGCUUAAAAUCGUGUCCAUUAAAAUGGCAAUCAGAAUUAUCCAUUGCUAUUUCAUGUCAAUUUAUUUUAAAAAUGGAAAAAGAACAGAAUUUAUCUGAAACAGAAUAUUUCUUAAAAACGCUAAAUGAAUGUUGCGAAAAAUUUCCAGAUUAUAUUUCAAAUUGCAUUGACAAGGUCAUGGUAUUUUUUGAAGUUAAUCUCCGUCGAUCAUAUGAAAUAUUAGUAUGUGAAAGCUGUCCUACACAAAAAAUAUCAGCUAUCAGAUGCGUUCAUGAAAGUUUUCGCUUUUUUCUAACAGCUUAUAAAAAGAAUGUUUUUCCCGAGACUUUGCAUUUUUCAUUCAAUACAUGUUUUAUGGAUUUAUUAGAUAGUGAUAACUUACCUAUGGAAACUCUUUUCAACUGUUGCCUUUCAAUAGUAUAUUCACUUAUCAAAGAAAAAUCAAUUUUAGAAUGCUGGAAGAUGUUUUUGGAUAAACUUUCAACUCGUUCAGAUUUGAUUAAGUUAGGAUUUUGUAUGGCAAUAUUAAAUACAUUUACUGCUGACGAAUUGAAAAUCAUUGAACCAAUCACUGGGAAAUCAAUUUGUACAAAUUUAUUUAACAUUAUAAUGGAAGCCAGUAUUAGAAACUUAAAUGAUAGCAGUAUAUUAAUAUCUUCAAGCCGAGUGUUGGUUAUAUUUUCAAAACGAUUAUAUACUAAAACCAAAAUCGAUAUAGAGGAAGAUCAAAUUGAAAGAUUAAUCACUUUCCUUUGGACACAUCUGGAUCAUUUUAUAGAUAGUGUAAGACAUUCUGCUAGAGAUGCUAUGAUAAAUAUAAUAAAAAUUAAAGAUGAGUAUAUAUUAGACAAUGUAUUGAAUCGUUUAUCCACAUGUGAUAAAAAUUCUAAAGCAUUUUUUACUGUUUUAUCAAUAAUAUCAGAUAAAGUUGAUUCUGGAUCAAUAAUUAAAUACUUACCAAAUGUCUCUAAGACUUUAAUUCAUUUAAUGACUUUUAACAAUUCAGCCAUAACAGUUUUUAUAAAUUUAAUGAUAAAUAAUUAUACAAUAACUGAAAGUAAACUUUGGUUUGACUAUUGGUUGMAUCCAUUAUUCAAGAAUACAGAUAAAUUAGAUGUUAAACAUUUUGAACAUAUUAUUACUAAAGCUGUUGAACUAACUCCAGAUGUUUCAAAACAUAUAUUUAAGUUUAUAAUUUUUUUUAGGUCCCCUACAUUACACAAAGUUCCUUUAAAAUAUCUUGAAGAUGUAUUAACAGAGAUUAAAACUGGAUUGGGUGAUUCGUUUUGUGUUACAAGAAGGAGUGCUGGAAUGCCGUUUAUCAUUCAAGCUCUAAUCUGUACAAACCACGAUAAACGAAUAAAUGUUAACUAUACAAUGGAAACAUUGAUUAGUAUAUGUGAGAAUAAGAAUAUAAAUGAAGAUUCAAAAGUCGGGGUAGUUCAUGCUCUGAAUGUUUUAAGAGCAUUAUUUCGAUGUUCACAGCUAGGAGAUCUGGUUGGUCCUUUCAUAUCCAGAGCAAUUGACAUAUCUAUAGUAUUAUUUAACUCAUCAUCAUGGCCAAUUCGUAAUUCUUCUACAUUAUUACUUAGUUCAUUGGUGAAUCGUGUAUUUGGUGUUCCACGAUCAGCUACUGAAAUAUCUUGGAAAAAUCGUAUGACUGGUCGAGAGUUCUUCCAAAGGUAUCCAGAGUUGUAUGAUACAUUUUUAAAUGAAUUUAAAAAGUUUUCACCUAUGGACAUGAGACCUUCAUUGUAUCCAACAUUAUUAAUACUUGCUAGACUUUACCCAACGCUUAACGAAGCAACUGAUUGUAUUUUCCAAUUGGCCAUUUACAUUCCAUAUAUAUUUAAAUGUGCUCAAAGUCCAGUUAUGAAAACUAGAAUGUUAGCUGCAACAUCAAUUGUACCCCAAGUUACACAAAAUAAAUUAGUUGAACAUCUCUACAUAACAUACAACAAAUUAAUUACCAAGCGUUUAAAAGAAAAUACAAUACAUGGACUUUUAUUACAGAUGUAUAGCUUGGUUAAAAAUCUACCAAGACUUGAUGAUUUUAAUGAAUUAGUUUCAUUAACUGAAGAUCUUAUAAAAAACUAUGAUCAAUUUAUUAAAUGUUCUUAUAUCGUUCAAGAAGUAUUUUUAAGGUGUAUUACAUGUCUAUGGCUUCAACUUGAUGAUGUGCAGUAUAAUAAUUCUGUUAAACAAUUUUGUACACUUACGUUAGAAUCAAUUACAAAAUUAGUUCAGUCUAACGCCAUUGGACGAUCAAAAUAUUUGGAAAGUGCUACAUUAUUGUUAUUUGCAAUCAGCUUAAAAGCUCAAACUGACUUUUCAAUAGUUAUAUACAGUAUUAUGAUCAAUAAUGUGCAUUGUGAAACAGUAUUUAAAAUUUUAGGCGUUAUUUUAUCUGAAAACCCUGUUGAGUUUUGUGAUGAUUUUGAUCAUUUUAAAAAUCUGCAUUGGGACUGCAAAGUUUUGACAAACCAACUAAUGGAUAACAAAAGUCUUAUGGAGUUAGUCUGUCAACAGUGCACUAUAGUAGACACAUCAAUUGAUAUGAAAUAUUUGGUUUUAUCAAAAUUUAUUCCAGUUCUACACAUGUAUUUCAAAACAUAUGAAUCAAUUGACUAUUUUGUUUCAAAAUUGUUCAAUAUGAGAAGAGACUCUGAAAUUGCUCAAGCUUUAUCAUGCAUAAAUGGAUAUUUAUAUUCACAAACAUCUUUAGAUCAUUCUGUGGUAGGAAAAUUAACACUUUUAUUCGACAGUAUAUACUAUAACCAACGAUCUGAUGAGUGCAAAAAUGCUUGUAUUGAUAUAAUUGUUGAUCACUAUAAUUUACUUAUUAGAAACAACUCAAUAGACAUGAUUGUUUUUCUCAAAUUAUGGAAUAUAAUAAUACAUUAUUCCGAAGACAACAGUGAAGAAGUAAGAAAUCAUGUAUGGUGUUUGGUGAAUAAAGACACAAACUGUGCCAAAUCAUUUGAGUUAUUAUUUGACAAGUUUGCAGGACAUUUUGAACAAUUCCCAGUUGCUGUUCUUAUAGCUUUAAUAUAUUGGUCUUAUAUCGAUGUAGAAUUGCCUCAAGAUCGUCCAGAAGGACAAGUGUUUGACGGYGGAGACACUAGUGAAUUCAAGGAACAUAAAAUUCGUAAAGGUCUUGCACUUAACAUAAUAAAUAAUAUAAUAAAUAUCGCUCCAGAGUCAAUUAAUUUGAAAAUAAAUAAAUAUCUACAAGAAUGGUUAAUUGAAGGAUGGACAACUGAUUCUGAUCAUAAACCAACGGUCCUAAAUUUAAAGACUGUUGGAAAUUUCAUGACUUACGCUAAAAAUGUUUAUUCGAUAACAAAAAAACUUAAGUAUCUUAAGCUAAGCUAAUUAAUUAAAACUGUCCAAUAAAUACUAAUUACUUUGUUUUAUAA